AAUUACAACGACGCACCACCGUCCACCCAAGCGACGCCACCGCUUUAAAAUCCCCGCAGCCACCGAACGGAUACAAGAGCUCGCCCACCUCGCCCCCCCCCCCCCCCCCAUCCAGCUCCGACCCUAGGGUUUCCAUCCGGCUCUUCCGGAAGCUUCCGAAAAUGGCCACCGACGAGCUCGCCCACGCCGUCGCCCCCGCCCCGGCCGGGGGAGACCACUCCCCGGCCUUCUCGUUCAGCAUCUGGCCGCCGACGCAGCGCACGCGGGACGCGGUGGUGCGGCGCCUCGUGGAGACGCUCGCGGGAGACACCAUCCUCUGCAAGCGCUACGGUGCGGUGCCGGCCGCCGACGCCGAGCCCGCGGCGCGCGCCAUCGAGGCCGAGGCCUUCGACGCCGCGGCCUCCACGGGAGGCGCCGCCGCCGCCUCCGUGGAGGAGGGGAUCGAGGCGCUGCAGUUCUACUCCAAGGAGGUGAGCCGCCGCCUCCUCGACUUCGUCAAGUCCCGCUCCGCGGACGCCAAGGCCGGUGACACGCCGUCGGAGGAGGCCCGGGCUCCUGGCGCGCCCGAGGCCGAGGCCGCCCAGCCCGCGGCGUGAGCGCCGGACAGCCAUUCGUUCCGUUUUUGUAUUUCCUGCAGCCUGUGUGUGGCUUGGGUCUGAGUUUGUAUGACUUGAACGUUAGCUGUUUGCACAUCUAUGCAAUUCUUGUUCUUCCAUGAAUAGCCCCGUUCUAGUGCGUGUUCCUGUUUUUCUGGGAAUCCCUGCCCGAUCCUGAGGUUGUCAAACCAUCGCAGCAUUGACCUCUGUCUGUGUGCAGCUUCGAGUGAUGGUCGAAUUGUUCCGGAGACCGAAUUGACAAGCAAUUAAGAUUCCUCCCAUCUUUCAAGCCACAUUUAUAUGUAUAAUAAUAAUCUGACCGUUGAUUUGAAAUUCUAA